ACUUUGUAGGUGUUUCACAAUAGUAUCUCUGAAUGUUUUCAUUUUCGAAUUGUUAGAUUGAUAUCUUUGAGUAGUUUAUGGUUGGUGCGUUGAAAUGUCCUGUCAAAUAAAAACUUUCUCUUAUUUUGCUGAUAUAGAUAACGUUAAACGAUUUCUGUUUCCAAACUUUCUAGAAGAUGAGUGGGCCUGGCCCGAGGAUGAUGUCAAUGACAAUGCAGUUGUCAACAAUGACAAAGAAUCGGCAUGGCUUCAGGAAUGUCAUGUCUCGUUGUCUCCAUUCGGGGAUGUUCUAGCCAUAGCACGUAAAUCGACGCUUGUCAUUCUCAUGUCGAAAUGGGAUACUCAAGAAGAGGGCGAAGUGAAAAUGAAAUUUCAUGUUGUAUGGCAUGGAAAUCCGUGUAAGGAAGAAGAUGAAGAGAUCACUGCUGUUCUGUGCCUGCCAGUGAUAGCACCAGGGAAGAGUUCACAUGUUGCACCCGACUGGACCUGUAUAGCAGUAGGUUUUUCUACUGGGUUUUUGCGGCUUUAUAGUGAAACUGUAAAUCUACUAGCAGAAGAGCUGCUUCAUGAUGAACCAGUAACUUCAUUAAAAUGCCAGUCAUUUCAUCCUGCAAGAGGUGGCAUGGUGCAAGAGCAGGUGGAGGAAGUUUAUGUAGCAUACAACACUGUUAUUUGCAGUCUACCAGGAUUUGGUUUGUUCCAGUCACUAAGAGCGUGCCGUAAUCAGUUAGCACGUGUGAAAGCUAACUGUGCAGAGGUUUUAAAAGCUCCACCACUGAUGUACAAGAAAUGGGGUUUUCAGGAGCAAGAAGUGACAGCAGACAGUGAAAUGGUGGGCAUUUCCACUGCAAAUACUUUUGAUCACUUGGUGACAGCAUCACUGUGUGGUGGCUUUGGAGCCUAUUACAGAUCUAGUGCACCCCAAACAUUGCUUGUUGUUGGAGCUGGCAAGAAACCUUUUGUUGGAUUUCAUUAUGCACUAGAAGGAGGGCCACAGCCAGUUCUAACUGACAUGGCCAAAGCCGUUGCCACCAAAUUAAAGACAGCCAUUGGACAAGCUGUGCCUUUCAGUGGAUGGUGGUCAGGUGCAAAGAAGGCAAAUGGUGCUGAGCGCCCAAAGGAUAAAGUUGCACUAGAGGCUGUGGAACCAAUGGUUUGUAGGUUUGGUCUGUGUGAUCAGAUGAGGAAUGGUGAUAAAGUUAUUAUUUCUCCAAAUAGAAGACUGUCUGUUGUAACAGACAGUCUUGGAAGAAUUGUUUUAAUAGACAAUCAUAAAGGAAUUGCACUUCGUAUGUGGAAAGGUUACCGUGAAGCCCAGUGCAGUUGGAUUGAAGUUCAAGAAGAGAUAAGACAGCAAAGCACUGGCAUACAGCCUCGUUUGGCUCUUUUCCUAGUUAUUUUUUCACCCAAGAGGGGCAGUAUUGAAAUUUGGGCAAUGGAGCAAGGUCCAAAGGUUGCCACAUUCAAAGUCAGUGCACAUGGACGGUUAUUAUAUUUAGGUCAUGGAUUUAUGGGACUCAAUAAUACUUCAAUGAAAGGCGGAAACAGAAGUCAAUUCCCAUGUGUUUUCAUUGAUUCUAGUGGCUCACUGAAUGAAAUUAUAGUUCCUUUCCAUUUUGCACUCAGUGAUAAAAACAGCAGAAGAGCGCGAGAUCUGCAUCUGUUGAAAAAAUUGAAAACAUUCUUAAAAGAAGUUGAUUUUGAAGAUGACAGAUUGCUGGAAGAAGUACAAAAAACAAUGAGUGAACUGAAAACAAAUGAGAUCAGGCUGCAAGCUAUUGAAAUGCUGUCUUCUAAUAAGUAUAGCAUUCCAGAAGCUUUAGAAGUUGCUUUAAAUGAAUGUGUGGACAAACUCUCUGUCCAAGAUCCUGAAACACUGGACCAUACAGGAAAGCUUCUCCUGCGAACCACACAAAACCUGCAGAAGUUAGUGUCUUUCUAUCAGUUUGUUAGACAACAGCAAGACAAACCUCCAUCAUAUAAUGCAGUAGUUGCCACUGAUCUGAAAACCCCACAGGAUCUGUCUGGUCUGCUCAGAGCUCCUGAACGGGAGAUGAACAGCUUACUCAGUCUGCUGGCAACAAUUGAUACAGUUGAAGGCAAAUCACCAAGAAAUUUUGAGGCAAGAGUUGGUUUCCCAGAUGAUAAGAGUGCCUUUGUAGACUUCCUAUCCAGCUUUGAAAUAAAUAAUGUUACAAAUAAUGCAGCCUCAGCAAAUAAUGUCAGUUUGAAGAAGGAUGCUCCCGAGGACAAAAUUAAAAGGAUAAGCAACCUAGUGUAUCAAGGCAGUUUGUACAGUGAUGUAACAGUUGACACAUGGCGGGCAGCUGCUGCUACGAGUGGAAUAGAGCCACUUAACCUCAUGCAACUUGCACUGCAAUUCUGGUUGCAGAAACGAGAAGGUGCUGCUCUCCAGGCAGAAAUGUUGAGAUUUAUGGAUCUAUUGCAGGCAAUAUGUUCUUUGACAGAUGUGAAUCAUAUUUGUACUGAAUACAAUGAAGUAUCACCCUGGUGGCAAGAAGUACGGGCUGUGCUGACAGACUCAACAAAUCCAUUUAUGGCCCUAACGGGUGCUAUAAUUUGUCGUGCUGUUGCGAUUUCACUUGAAAAAAUUAAGGAACUAGGGAACAAGAACUCUGCAAAAGAUGCUGCUGUUGCAAGUAAUAGUGUGUCCGAAGAAAUGUCACUGACACCAGAUGAUGAAAUGCGGAGCUCUGCAAGUGAAUGGGAAAAUGUGUCACGAGACAUAUGUCAGUGGUCUCUUUUAAUUGGACAACUUGAAGAUGUAGCUUUGCUUGAUGCCGUUCUUAGGCAAAAACCUCUUGUUAAUGAAGGACUGGCGGCUGCUAUGAGAAAUCCUGGAAAGGGUCUUCUAGUCUUACCCUUUACCAAACCCAUAAUUUCACUUAAUUAUGUUCUCGAAAAAGGAAAAGGCUCUAUCUCAGAACUAGUCGCCCGCUGGCUAAGCUCAGCAGGUCUGGAAGCAGCAUCGCUAGUGGAUUUGAGGGACGCAGAAUUUGACGCACUGGAAUUACAGCAAGGUGCAGCAGCCCAAGCACCUCUAAGUGACGAGGAUAUGCCUUCACGAAAGGAGCGACUCAUCUCUCAUCAAAUCACAGAAGGAGAUAAAGUAGAAGCUGAUCCAGGGAUGGAAGCUGCAGCCGCAGAUGAGAGGCAGCUAAGGGUACUAGAAUUCCUGGCAAUCUUAAAACACCAUUUUCCUUAUAGUUUGUCAUCAAGUAUACUCUUAGCCAAUCUUUGUUGGGAAUACAUUCUUCACUGGCAACAUAAUCCCGACAACAUGGUAGCACUUCAUUCAGCAAUACAUUGCCUGAAUAUUAUUCCAUCUGUCCACAUGAAGCAUGGAAUAUGCAGCCUUAUAUGGUCAAUGCAUCUGAAACAGAGAUUUGAGUCUGCUGCUAAGUUGAUACACAAAGCUGGAAAAAUUCCAAAAGAAACAAACUGUUAUCAGGAUGUUGGAAUAUCAGACAUUCAUAUGACAGAAUUUCUUGGAACAUGUGCUGACUUUCUGAAUCUUUUCAUGGAUGCAGUCACAGGUAGCACAGGCACUUCGUGCGUUCUGAGGAUGUUGAGAAGCGAAGAGCUGUGGCACUCUGAUGCUGGUCCCCCUCCACUGGCUCAGCUUGCUCUCUCCCAGUCGCUAGCAAACUUUGACCUUGUGCACUUACACCGGCAGCUAGCAACAGCACUGCAGAUGAUGAUGGCAUUCAGUAUGAGGCUGCCACGACCAAUUGCAACACUUUUUGACACAAUGAGCCAGGCAGCAAUGUUUACAGAUAUGAGCUCAAACCCCCAACUACCUGGGCACUCACCUAAUCCAAAGUUACUGAACAGCCGUACACAGUUCCUCCUGCGAGUCAUUUCAGCUGCUAUGCAGAUGAUACGGCCUGUUGAUGGACUGGAAGAUGCCACUUCGUCCAAGGGAGUACAGCUUGAUACCACAGUUGCUGUACAGUGGAUGAGUAAAUGCUAUUAUCUUGCUUCUGUCUGGGGUGUAUAUAGUGAUGACUUAAGGAGACAUCAAGUAUGUGAACUUUAUGCCAGUGGCUAUGAUAGACUGGCAGAAGAAAUAUUGCCUGCUGUGAAUGAUGUGGAAAAGUUAGCAUCGCAGUUGCUGCUAAUUGUAGGACAACGACUAAGGAAGCUUCUAACAUCAUCAGAAAACUUUUGUGAUCGUCUUUCCCGUAUAAGCCCUUCAUUAUCUAUUUGGUUGGACAGUUUGAAUGGACUUUCACUCCGCUCAGUGGCAAUGUGCUCAGUGAGGGAUACAUCACAGCUGUUGGCACAGGCAGUUCAACAUAUGUCAGAUGAUCAUCCUGAGUACCAGUUAGCUCUCCACAUGGUGGACGCUAUACAUGACCUCUCAGAUGACGUGGACCUCACCUCGUGACAGUAAUACUUACAGAACAUAGGAAUAAUUGUAACAGCCAAUGCCAUGUUAAUGAGACUAGUGCAUUUUAUAUUUAUAGUUAGUCUUAUAUUUUCCAUCACACUUCUUGUCACUUCAUACUGAUCUUAGUUAGCAUUGUAUCUCUUCAAGCAUCUGACUUCUUGUAUCUCAAACCCACUCAUUUACUUAUGGAUAACUUUGAUGGUUUUUGUUAUUUCCUCUGUCUUCGUCCAUAUUCCAUAGAAGAGAUAGUUAAACAACAAUCACUGUAAAGACAAAUAUCCAAAAAUCAAUUGUCGCAUUCCUUUAGCAUUUUUAUCAUUUGACUAUAGAAUGUAUUAUUAAGCAGUAAUUGAUACUAUUCUCUCUUUCUCUCCCUCUCUCCCUCCCCACCCACCAUCUUGUACUUACACUACUCCACCUCCCUGUAAGCCAAAGUGUAGGUCUCUUUACAUAUGUGUUAAAUUUACAUACACUGUUUCUUUACAAAGAAUUAAAAGAAACCUACAGGUAACGUCACAAAAAAAUAUGAUGGUGAUAUCUGUCCCUUUUUUAUUCUGUUUGUUGGAAAACUCCUCUAUGCCAUGCAAUGUCUUCGUGCCAAAUCGAUAUUAAUAUUUGCCUUCAGCCUUGAGCUGUUACAUCUGUUAUUAUACUAUGUAUUGUAUUUUGGAAAAGAUGAUUUUAUCUAUCUAAAAUCACCACAAUGACUUUAGUCAGUCAUUUUUAUUAAUAUUUUUAAAAUUUUAAUUUGAUCUGUAUCUGUUCGUCAGCCUUAUAUUGUUGCAUUAUUUAUUGGAGACCACAGUGAAAUUAAUGACAAAUACUGGUGGAAAAAAAAUCUCUUUUUAUGUUUUACAUGGUAUAUGCAAUUUUUCACCUUGGUGCACGGAUAUGUUCCUUUUUGGCUAACACCAUGGAAAAGAGUUAUAAAUGGACAGUAUUUGCAGUAUAGAAUAUGUAACUGAAAUUCUGUGUGUUUUAUGUAAUGUAUCUGUCAAGUCUCAUUCUCUGAGUUUGUCAGAAACGUGUGAUUGUUUUCUUUCCUUGAUGACACAUUCACUUAAGUGCUGAAUUGGCGAACCAGUGUAUGAAAAGCACUGUAACCAACAAUAAAACUUGCUUAAUUCUAAGUAUUUGAAAUCAGUUAUGCCAGAGCAGCUUGGGUAAUGAAUUCAAAUGCUCAUGCCUACUGAAUUUUUACUGAAAGAAAUUGAAAGGUAUAGUAAUCUUAUUUUGUACAAAGAUAAGCAUAAUUUAUUUUGUCUGGGGAAAAAUAGCACAAUAUGGCAGUGCCACAGUGUUUACUGUUACAUGUGGCUCCUAAUAUUUUGCAGUAAUUAUUUUUAUGUAUGUAAAUUUUCUAAUUUAUUGAGUUUUAUGUGUAAUUUAUGUAAAUAAAAUAUGUAAGAGUAGCAUCAAUGGCAUGUGAUGAAAAAUGUGGUCAACUGUGUACAUAAGGUAAGAUAUUUGACCAGAUAUGUUGUGUCUGAUAAUUGUACAUUUUGAAAAUAAAUUUUUUAUUUAAA